UCAGCUCAACGUGUCCCAUUGGCUACGCGACAACAUAUUCCUCCGCGUAUCUGACUUGAACAUCCAGGACGGUCAAAGCGAUGAGAGCGAGCGUUAAUGUGGACUUGAGCAGUUGAUGCACACCUUCAAGGGGUCAUGGAUGAGACCUGUUGUGGCGCACAUGGAUGACCCCGCAGUGGAUCAUAUUCUCCUCAUUCCACUUCCAUACAGUGGCUCAGAUUUGCUCCACAUGAAUGGAUCUCGCAGUGGGAGGUGAACACAUGGAAUACAAAGCCCAUGCUGAUGAGCAUGCCUGCCUGCCCGAACCCACUCCUCUCAGGGAGAUUUCCCACAGCCCAGUCCUCUUGACACAGCCUCUCCACUCGGAUUCCCCCUGCUCACUUCGGGACCCUUCAUCAUGAGGACGACUGUUCGGUGAUUCGGUGCAGUUUGCUUUUCUUUUUUUUUUAAAGCUACAUUCAGGAUUUAUCUGCAACGUGGGGUCCCUUUGUGUCCAGAAGGACUUAACAUUGAGGCGCUUUGCUUCGCCCAGCUGCUCCCUGGGGCCGGCAGUGAUGGCAGCCGGCCGCCCCCAGGCACAGAACCACCCGCCCGAGAACGGCUUCACCCCACUGGAUCACCCAGCACCCAGGCUGCUGCCGCACAUUGACCGCUCGGUUUUGCCGUCUCUUGGGGGUUUCGGGAAGCAUCAGAAGCAGCUCGUAGUUCUGACCUGGAUACCAGCAUUGUUUAUAGGCUUUAGCCAGUUCUCGGAUUAUUUCCUCCUGGCACAGCCCAAUGGCACGUGUUUGCAACCUUUGUCGAACGAGAGCAAUUGGACCGUGGAAUUCCCUCCGGUGACCGGUACCGAUCUCAAAGUCAACGGUACCAGAGAGGGAUACGGUGACGGUAGCGGUAUGCUGUGUGCCUGCAAGGAGAGGAGGCUGGAGCUGCUCACGGGACUUAGUCAGAAUGUGGUUACCAAGUGGAACCUGGUGUGUGACUCCGCCUGGAAGGUCCACAUUGCCAAGUUUUCUUUGCUGGUGGGCUCCAUAUUUGGCUACCUAGUGAUGGGUGUCAUGGCUGACUGGUUUGGUCGACACCCAGUGUUGAUCCUCUCUGUGCUCUUCAUGCUGGUGUUUGGUUUGAGUGUUGCCUUCUCUGUGAACGUCACCAUGUUCAGCACCUUACGCUUUUUUGAGGGUUUCUGCUUGGCGGGCCUCGCGCUCUCUCUCUACGUGCUCAGGGUUGAGCUUUGUUUGCCGGGCUGGCGUUUCUCUAUGACCAUGGUGGCCAGUUUCCUGAUGGUGGGGGGACAGCUACUGAUGCCUGGGGUGGCAGCUUUGUGUCGCAAUUGGCCACACCGGGAUGACUGGCAGGUCCUGCAGAUUGUAAUAAUAAGCCCCUUUGUGUUGAUGCUCCCCUACGUUUGGAUUUUUCCUGAGUCUUUACGCUGGCUGUUGACCACCCAGCACUACAGACGCUCAAAAGCUAUGAUGCUGCGCAUCGCAAGAAAAAACAAAGUUGACAUGACAAGCGAACCCAGCGGAGUUCUUUCAGAGCUGGAGCAAGAACUGCAUAAGAAACCUCAGAGAACCUGCAUUGUGAAGAUGAUGAGCACCAGGAACUUAUGGAAAAACAUUGUGGUGCUUUGUGUAAACUCGCUGACAGGCUAUGGGAUCCACCACUGCUUUGCUCGAAGUAUGAUGGACCCUGAGGCCCAGCCCACUGCUUUGUGCCACACAGACUACUACACGAUGGCUGGCAUCGCUGUGGCAACGUGCCUGGCACUGUGUCCCAUGGUGGGACUCAUGGGGCGACGUGGAGGGCUUCUAACCUUCAUGAUCAUCACAGCCCUUGCGUCACUACUGCAGCUAGGCUUGCUCAAUUUAAUUGGAAAAUACAGUCUUCGGCAUGACACAGUUCUGAGGGACACUCUCAACAGAAAAUUUUCUGUGGCCUUCUCCAUCAUUGGCAUGUUCUCUUCUCAUGCUGUCAGCACCCUCAGCAUUUUCUUUUGCGCUGAAAUCACACCGACGGUCAUCAGGGGUGGAGGUCUCGGCCUGGUCCUAGCAAGUGCGGGUUUCGGCAUGCUCACCGCACCCAUCAUGGAGCUCCACAACCAGAAGGGCUACUUCCUGCAUCACGUGAUCUUCGCUUGCUGCACGCUACUGUGUAUCAUCUGCCUGCUGCUGCUCCCUGAGCCGCGGGGUCAACCUUUGCCAGAGACCCUGGCCGACGGAGAGACGUUCACCCGUCAAACAUUGCUCCACCCGGGUGAGCAGCACCUUCUCCUUGCCAAGAGUGACAAGGACUACUCCCGCGUACACGACACACCACUACACUUGUCCACCACUGGGAGUGCUACCGUUGCAGCAGCUACCGCUCUGGCAGCGGUACCUGCCUCAUACUCACUGGCCACUGGUGGGGAGGUGAUUGGCAACCGCACAAUAGCCAAUGGGGUUUGAACUUAACCACAAUUAGCUGCGCAAACAUGAACAAGACCGGAAGCCCGAUUAAACUUGUAACUUGUGGCUGUGUCUCAAUUUGCGCACUUCCGUGCUUCCACGUUGUCCACUUUGAGUGCAUACAUAAAGUGCAUUCACGCUGAGAAGUACAGUAAAUGCAGUGCACUGUCAGUACCCGGAAGUUGCACUCAAAACGUCCAAAAGGGUUAAUGCUCAGUGAUGGACCCUUACUACCAACCUAAAUAGUCACCAUCUUGGCUAUGUAGCGGAAGGAGGGGGACUAACUUGAAAUAAUGGCAGCUCAGGAACAACCCGUUGCGGUGGAAAAUAGUAAACACAAGAUGUAUAAGAUAAAAGUAUUGCGAUCGUCAUUUCCAGUAAGUGUGCAAUGACGGGAAUCGAUUUGGGACAGCACUACACUGUCAAAAUUCUCGCCAUCAGGAACUAAUAUUGUGUAAGAUAUAUUACAUAUAUUUAUAGGUAUUGACGGAAGUAUUCGAUUUGAGACACAGCCUCUAUUUUGAAAAGAAAAAAGAUUUCCUAAAGGUCUGAUAAUCUGUUAUGAAAUAAUAGUGAGGUUGAAAUGGAGAUGAAGGUGAUUUUAUAUGAUUUGUGGCAAAAAUGACUGAUUCAAGAGCUGCCAACAUAUUUCACCUGACUUGACUUUAUGAGUCUCUUAUGAGACUUUUUUUUUUAGUCUUGUCCUAGUAAAAGAAGUGGGUGAAGGCAAAUGGGACUUGUCAAUAUGUUUUGUGUUCAGUGAAUAUUCUAAUUGUAAAUGCUGAAGAGCACACCAAAAAUUCCCACUUUUCCCGUAGUCCCACAUUUUCCGCAACACAAAUUCCCUACGAUCUUGAGAAUUCAAACUAUUUCCACACUUCCCAAAUGAUUCGAACUUCCAACAUAAAAAAAAACUGUAAGCUUAUUUCAGGCUACCUAUUUUUCUUAUUCCUGUAAUUCCACGGUUUUUCUGGGCCACAUUUCUCAACCCAGCAACAAAUCUUUCAGGCCAGCAAAUUUUCACAUGCCAAAAAUUCCCACUUUUCCUACGGUCCCACCUUUUCCACACAGCCAUUCGGUUCAGCUUCAGUAUUGAUACAUUUUCCGCAGAAUUUGCCUUCUCUGGUUCUUUAUUUUGCACUAAAAGUCAGGGUACACUAUUAUUAAGUGUUUGUGUUUUUCAGCCAACAAUCUGGAGACGCAGGGAUCGGCUUAACCACUACCACUGUUUUGCAUGAAUGGGCACAAAGUUUUUUUCUUAUUUGUGGUCCACAGUGGCACUUUAUCCUCCGAGGGGAGGUCAGUGUAAACACUGAUUUUUUUAAAAGCAAGCAUUCCAGCUGUCGGUGAGGGUGUAUGAUGGUUGUGUGCAACGAUGAACAACCGGAGACCUUGAUGCACACUUUAUGUGUAGCUGUUAGAGACUGCUGGCAAUGCUAACAGACCUGAGAGUUGAGCGGACAUUGAAAUGAUUUUCUCUAUGUCUUAUGAUGCAUCUCAACAUUUUCAAUGACGUUUUGGGAAACGAGUAUUUAUUUUUUUCCACACUGUCUAGCAAAUAUCCCACUCCACAUCCGUGUUCUUUGUACUGUGGUAAUGAUGUAAUCCAGCUCCUUUGAUAACUCUAGCCAGAAAGCACAAUUUAUGUGAUUAGAAUAGACCAGUCUGCCUAGAUUUGGGCUCACUGUUAUCGGUGUUCAUUCAUACAAACUAUUCCUUAGGACUGCAAACAGGUGUAUCAUUCAUGUACAUUUGCAAACAGGUGUAUCAUUCAUGUACCUUGUAAUGAUAAUGUGAGAAACCGUACAGGUAGAUAUGUAAGCACUACAUAGUAACAGCAAACAUUUUGUCUUACCACUAGUGACAGUUUUAGGGUCCACCUUCUUCCUUCAGCAUUUACUCAUAUUUUAAUCCACCUGUACAACUUGCUAGUUUGUACGUUUUCAAUGGGAAAAAAAUACUCAGCCACUAAUACUGUUUUCUAAGUGUUAUUUUUUAAUGAUACAUUUGUACAAAAGCCAUAGGCCGACACAUUUUGAUAGUAAAAUCACUUAAUUUAUUGUGUCAAUAAAAAAACAACAAUGGACAUGA